GCAGCUAUCUGUGAUAAUGUUUCUCUUGUCGGCGCCAGAUCUUCAUUCUCACAUCAAGGUGGAUCGAGCGUGUCUGAUAGAGCACCAUCAGUACAGCAUGGCGUCCGGCGAACCUAAAUCGAAGAAAAUUAAACUCGAAGAAAAAAAGCUCAGUCAAAAUGUGCUUUUCGGGAUGGGAAACCCCUUGCUUGACAUCUCUGCUGUGGUGGACAAUGAUUUUCUAGAACGGUAUGGACUCAAGCUAAAUGACCAGAUUUUAGCAGAGGACAAGCACAAGGAAUUGUUUGAAGAGAUAGUCAAGAAAUUCAAGGUUGAAUAUCAUGCCGGAGGUGCCACUCAGAACUCAGUGAAGGUCGCACAGUGGAUGAUCCAAGAGCCACACAAAGGGGCCACCUUCUUCGGCUGUAUCGGAAAGGAUAAGUUUGGGAAGAUCCUGAAAGAGAAGGCAGAGGAAGCCCACGUGGACGCCCGCUACUACGAACAGAGCGAGGAGCCCACGGGGACCUGUGCUGCCUGCAUCACUGGCCACAACAGGUCUCUCGUCGCAAAUCUCGCUGCAGCUAAUAGUUACAAAAAGGAGAAACACCUCGACCUGGAGGAGAACUGGAAGCUUGUCGAAAAGGCCCAAGUUUACUACAUUGCUGGUUUUUUCCUCACCGUGUCCGUGGAGUCCGUCCUGAAGGUGGCCAAACACGCCUCUAAGAGCAACAAGAUCUUCUGCUUGAAUCUGUCGGCUCCCUUCAUCUGUGAGUUUUACAAGGAAGCCCUGAUGAAGGUCAUCCCCUACGUGGAUAUCCUUUUCGGCAAUGAGUUGGAGGCCGCGAUGUUUGCGCGAGAACAGGGCUUUGAGACAGAAAACAUCGAAGAGAUUGCAAUGAAGGCCCAGAGCUUACCCAAGGAAAACAAGAAAAGGCAAAGAAUUGUUGUCUUUACCCAGGGCAAAGAAGGAACCAUAAUGACCAAAGAUGACAAAGUGGAGACGUUCCCUGUCCUGGAGAUCAAAAGGAGUGAGAUAGUGGACACCACCGGUGCCGGAGACGCUUUUGUUGGAGGUUUCCUGUCGCAGCUGGUGCAGGAUAAGACCUUCGAGCAGUGCAUCCGUGCCGGACACUACGCUGCUAACGUCAUCAUUCGACAAGCCGGCUGCACAUUCCCAGGGAAGCCUAACUUCCACUGAUGGGCCGCUCGGAGACCAGGAGCCACACCAGUGUUUUAUAGGAGUAAUGCCUUUUUUAAUUGACUUUUUAUCGUACAAUACCUGCAUACUUCCGUGCCUCUGUUUUUAACAGUCCCACGUCCUAAUGUGAUAAUGGAGACACAUUUCACAUUAAAAACUGUUUACAAGGAGCUAUUCCUUUGUUGCAAAUAUUGAUUUGUUCUUAAAAAGCCAUUUUACUAUUGCUCUCCCCAGUAUUGUAAGAGCGGUGAUGGUAAUAACCAACUUCUCUCCAGGUGUGCUGUUUGAUGUAUUAACAAAAUUUUCGUGAUGUAAUGAUACUGCUGGAAGACCUACAGAACACACCUUAACAUUACAGAGGACAGAUGUGUACAAAUCAUUAUAAUUCUUUGAAUAUGUUGGCCAGUAUUGCUGUUGUAAACCAAAUGCAUUUGUUGAAUGCACACUUGAAUGUGUCCUGAUCAAGUUUAAACCUGUUGUCAUGUCAGUGUAACGUGAUAAAGCAUGCAGUCAUUUUGAAUUGAAUACCUCUGCCAAAAAUAAAGGAUAUUUUACUGCUCUA